AGUAGAUAGCACACAUCAGAACGAUGAAGAUCCACUGCCUUGUUUCAUACGUGUUGGUUUGUGGCGUCGUUUCGCCUUCUCUCGGAGCAUCAUUGUUCGAGGGGGAAUUACAGCAGUUGACCAGAAGACAGGAAUCCUUCGAUUGCAUACCACCCCCGAGGGUCGAAAUCGCAUUCUGUUUAGACGCCUCAAAGAGCAUCAAAGUUCGAGAAUUUAAGGAUAUACUUGUUUUUAUCAAGGAAUUCAUCACAGCAUACCAAAUAGGACCAGACUCGGCACAGGUUGCGCUGGCAACAUUUAGCGUCAAAACAACAACCAUUUUUGAUCUAAAUGAUAACUCCGACUUGGAUGGAAUUAUUGGUGAUAUCGAUAUAUUGAGCUCGGAGAGGAUCAAGGAAGUUCGAGGAGAUAGAACGAACACGUCCGGGUGUUUGUACAGGUUGAAAGACGAGAUAUUUACGGAACAGAAUGGAAUGCGCGCUGGUGUGCACAAGAUCGCAAUCGUUGUUACUGACGGACGGCCAAACUCGGACAAAGAGUUCACAAUACCGUAUGCCAACGACAUUAAAAAUGGUGGUACCAUGAUCUUCGCCAUAGGAAUUGGACAAAAACUGAGACCGGAUUUCUUAUAUCAAAUAGCGUCUGAGCCUACAGACGAUCACGUCAUCUUGGUAAAAAGUGCAGAACACUUGAUGAGCUUAAAAACAGCCAUUGCCAGGAAAAUAUGCAGACACGUUGAAGUCCACUGUGAGCAAGACCCGCAGGCUGUAGAUCAUCACCAAAAACUGGACGAGGCCGACGCCAGCCUGGCUUUGAUCAGAACGCUUCUUAGCGAUCUACGGGACAGCUGCGUGGAAAACAGAUGUCCUGACUGUUUCACGAUGAACGAAACACUUGGCACUUGCUAUCGAUUCGGCCAUGAAUUCGACAAGAUGUCUUGGGCGGAUGCUGACUUAUUCUGCGCAGAAAACUUCGGAGCACGCUCGGCGUCCGUCACGUCUCCAGAGGAACGGGAGUUCAUUCGGGCACAAACCGGAGAUGAUAAGAGUUGGUGGACAAGUGGCAACGAUUUGGGAACAGCGGACAAGUUUACCUGGGCGGACAGCGGUAAACUGAUGACCGAAGGUGCCUCUAGCCUGGGCAAGAACGCCCCGAACCAGCGUUGCGUGAAGCUCCGAGAGGCCACGCUGGAACCAGAAGCGACACCUUGUGACGAGUUGCACAAUGUCAUUUGCAAGACAUUGAUAUAACUGGAACCGGACUUUCCUUAACGCCGGAUGAGACAAUGACCAAUGAGAUAUAUAUUCAAAUCAAUUAUAAUCAGAAGGUCUAUUUGAAAUUGUUGGGGGUUUCAUCGAAAAUGAAAUAUGAUAUAUAUAAAAGUAUAAAGCAUUGAUCACAGUGACUUUUCGCAACGGAAUAUAUAUAUAUUAUCAAAACGGUAGCUAGCUUUACUUUGCGGGACAAUUCAUUACAGGUUUCAGUACAUCUUUCUUUUGCAUACCCUUGCUUAUAUCUUAAAUACAUGUUUAACAUUUUGCCUUUUACAGUUUUUUAUUUACGAAAUUGGAAAUUAAAAAGAGGGGGAAUCAACA